CCUCGCUGGCCCUCACAGAGGACCCGACAUUGAACUCCGCUCAGCUGCUGCACUCUCCUCCUCCACCUGCCUGCUUAUCUGUCUGUUCUUCAUCCAGCAGCCGGUGAGUAGACCCUCCACUACAUCACAGCAACUUCAGACACAAAAACAGACACUAUUUUAGAGGAGGUCAAUGAUUCGAAAAAAGAAGAAGAAGAGCUGCCAUACUGGAGAUGCAUGGAAGUUAAAGGAUUUUAUGGAUCCUUUUUUAAGUGUUUUUCAACUAAAAUGAUUUUACCCAAACUGAGAGAUGAACAUCAAUCUUUUCAUCAAUCUUUUUUCAGUUUCUAAGUGUCGACAUGUCAUGUCUGGAGAUAAAAGUCAGCUUUAGGACAUUUUAUCAUUAUUUAAAUAAAUCUAGAUACAUGAAUUCAACAUUUGGUCGAGGUUUAAAAACACAUUUCUUUAGACUAAAACGUAAAUAAGUCAGGUCAUUAUAUUUGAUGUUUCAGAAACUUUUUGGUUGGCACCAAACAAUCCAACAGCAUCUUUAUGUUCAUAUAUAUAACCCACCUUACCCUGCAAACUUUUGUUUUCAAAGCCUUAAAAAAGAGGAUUAUAUUAUUAUUACAAUGAGCAGAAUUUUAUUUCUAAGAAAAUCAUCUUCAAACAGAUAAAAUGACGGAUUUAUGGACAUGAAACUGUGGAUUUAUCCGAACAGAGUGAGAAUUAACAUUUUAUCAUGACUGUAAAGAUAAUAAAUGGAUGUAUGAUAAUAUUGAUAUUAAUUAAUAAGUAUAGAAAACGUUUUAUUAAUAUGGUUCGUAUCAUCGGUUUCUUAUUGUGUUCAAAUAAAUGAUUUUAUUUACAUCGACAGGAGGCCUUUUCAUGCUUUUAUUUUGCAUUUUUUUCUUUCCUGUUUGAGUCCCUUUUUGAAACUAUGCUUUUAUUUUGAAGUGUACAGUUUUUCCGAUCGAUCGUAAAUUACAGCAUUGAUUAACCGUUGAGAGAUGGAUAACGGUUAAAAUGACAGUUAGAAAGUUUUAAUCGAUAAGUUACUCAAAUAGACAUUUAUUAAAGUCAUAUUAAAGUCAUAUUAAACUCCGCCCUCUUCAGUCACGUGGUUCCUGGAUCUCUAAUGCAGAGGUUGAGUCUUUGUUAUCGGGACUCUGUGAUCGGAUUGAUCACUCAGACCCUCAGUGCCUGUUCAGCAGAUCCGCCUUGUUGUCCUUGUUACUCUAACAGGAUUACAGGUGGACAGUUGGCUUUAAAACUGAGGGGAGAGGACUUAUUAACUUGAGCCGGGGAUUAUGGGAAAACUGGGUCGUCCUCACUGACAGACUGUUGGGGAGAAAUAUGAGAGUGGGUCCAGUCUGGUCCCGGUCAGACCAGUAAGAGGAUUAAGGUCUGUAGAGUCAUCCAGAGGUGACAAAGGAAGGAGGAACUUUUGUUUAAACAGAACAGGAACUUAAACAAAACUUCACUGUUGUGUUAACAUAAAGGAUUAAGUCCUAACAGAAGGAAACUAUAAGAAGGAAACAGAUAGGAAGCUAUAAUACAAAGACAAGUGAGCAGAGAGGGAUUGAUCAGGGGACAGACCUUAUUAGUUAAACCGAGGCUCUUCAUUGACCUUUUGACCUUUUAUGUCCUUUAUAUGAAUGAAAUAGAAGAACGAGUUGAACUGCGUUGACACAUUACUGGUGCUGAAACAAGGUAAACUCCUUGUAACACAAUAUAAACUCUCAGCCGGAUUUUCAUUUACUUUCAGACUUUUAUUUUCAGUUUUAGGAGACGUAGUUCAAGAAACUCAGACAUAUUCAGCGAUUAAGAGUACGAUAAGACGAAGAGUAGUGAGAAAGGAAGACAAAAAUAACAGAUAAAUCGUCUUUGUGUUGUUUUAAUCUCUGUUUUUUUUUCCCCUGUAAACAUAAAGACAUCAUCAGGACGUCAGCGGGAUCAUUUCAGCGUCACAUCUGCUCAGAAUGAAUCUGGAUCCGCACAAAAUUGACAUCAAGUCCGCCACCCGUGUCACCGGAGGCCCCGCCACCCCACGCAAAGGCCCGCCCAAGUUCAAGCAGAGGCAGACCCGCCAGUUCAAGAGCAAGCCCCCAAAGAAGGGGAUCCAGGGGUAGGUCUGAGAAGAUGCACGACUUCUUCAGUGUUAGUGUAGAGGCUGAGGAGUAACGAUGUGUGAUUUCUUUGUUCGCAGUUUUGGUGACGACAUCCCCGGGAUGGAGGGCUUAGGCACAGGUGAGUUCAGAUAAUCUAUUUAAGAUCUGUUUCUGUGAUCUGAUCUGCAGGGUUUUAACACACUCACGCUGUGUCUGUGUGUGUGUGUGUGUGUGUGUGUGUGUGUUUCCCGCAGAUAUCACGGUCAUCUGCCCCUGGGAGGCCUUCAAUCACCUGGAGCUGCACGAGCUGGCUCAGUACGGUAUCAUCUGAGCCUUCCUGCUCCUCACGACAAUCCUCUGAGGAUUACAGGCCACAUCCUCGGACUUCACACCAUCUGCCUCGGGCUCCGUCUCACUACUUCAAAUGAGAGAAACUCUAAAUAAAGUCGUCCGACAGUGUACAGGAACAAACAAAUACAGAAAACGUUCUUCAGUUUGUUUUCUUAUUCUGCACUUUAUACAAAACCUCUGCUCUCUGUGUUCAGGAUGCACUGAUUUGAUUCUCCCAUCAUCACCAGAUUCAUUGUUUAUUAAAAGCUUGUGACACCUUUUUCUGCUUGUUUGUGUUCCUCUUUUUUAAUCGCUCCUCUUCUUUUCUAGUCUAAAACUUUUACAAACAACCCUCAAAGUUUUCGUGGUAAAACCAAAAGGUGGUCAGGUUCCUACUUUGUGUAUGUCGCCUCUACCAUCAUAGACACUCUUUUGUCCAAAUCUAAGAUACAAAACAAAAAAUCAGUUUUCUGUGGAGGGUUAACAACAGCUUGUAAAGAGAAAUAACAUUCGAAUAUAAUCAUAUGUCUUUUUUUUUUGUCUGUUUGGAAUAAAGAACUUUAAAUUGA